GCGGAUGAUUGAAAUCGCAUUAUAAUUUGUUCUUGUAGUGUAACCUUUACCCAUCAUUCCAUGUCCAAAAAUGGAGGCAGACGCUCAGGAGUAAAUGAAUGCAAGAUGAGUAAUUUCAACAUUGAAAACAUUCUCAAAGGCACCUCUCAUGUGACUGACGUGGUGAACAUUUCUGAAGAAACCAGGCAUGGAUUUCAACACAAGUAUUCGGAUGAUGCAAACAUUUUAGCAGAGCUGGACAGUUCCCUGGGCUCCCCAGGGGAAUCCUCGUGUUCCACAGACGCAGUGCAGCACACAGUGAAGGCAGACCUCUAUGGAACUGACAAGGAUCCUGCCUAUGAUGAUGAGGUGCAGGGCUACACUCAUGCUGUCCCUGAGGAGGCUGUAGGUGCUGACAGCUGUCCCCAGCAAACUAGUGCUGGUACCGGCACACAGGGGGAGGGCACUGAGGAAAACACAGGAACCAUUCUUAUACAGGCACAAAUCAGUGAGGAAAAUGUGGGAGCCAGUCCAAAGGGACAGUUCAAUGAGGGGAUUGUGGGAGCCAGUCCACAGUUUACUGAGAGAAUUGUGGAAACCAAUUCACAGGCACAGUACAUCGAGGGAAAUGUGGGAACCAAUUCACAGGCACCGUACAUUGAGGGAAAUGUGGGGACCAGCCAGACAGGAAGUGCUGAUGAGCUAAGCCAGCUGGGCGAUCCACAUCCAGGUAUACCCACUACAGUUUACACAGAUCUCAGCCACCCAAUUGUGGAUCACAACCACAAUGAGCUUCAUACCUCAGCUGUUCAUCCCUACACUGCACACAGGGAGGCAACAUACACUGAUCCGGAGCAUCCUGCCACUGCCACUUACCCUGAAAACGGUAGGGCCAUCUACACGGAUCUAGACACCACUUCCCAUGCCUAUCCUGAACAUAGGGGGGCCACUUACACUGAUCAGGAGCAUCCCGCCACUGCCCAUGCCUACCCUGCGCACAAGGGUCCCACGUACACGGAUCAGGAUGGUAACUGCUACCAGGAAGAUGGGACUCCGUUUGAAUGUCCUCCAGACUACCCAGGGGCUCAGUAUGCUCCUAGGUACCAGUCAUUACAAAGUGCAUCAUGCAGUGUAGGUCCACUGGCAGAUCAGACACAGACAACACAGCAAGAGCAGGCCACACUCUACAUGUCCCCUGGGCAGCAACAUCAUCAGCAGCAGCAGCAAUACCCGCAACCGAACCAUCUGCAGCAUCUGCACCAGAGAACUUUCAUGUCCCCUGAGGCGCAGGUCAGACACCUUCUGUCACCAGGUACCAGACAUAACCUGUCCCAGGGUCAGAGUUUAGUCUCACUCCCUAUUGUUUGUAUACAGGUACCAUACAUAACCUUUCCCAGGGUCAGAGUUUAGUCUGACUCCCAAUUG